GUUGACCGAGCCCAACACGACUGAGGAAACGUGCUACAGUCUGAGCGUGUACAUUAUAACAGGGAACAACGUGCUUACUCGGGAUAUCAGCUUGUUUGUAAAAACAGUUUUGAGGAAGUAAAAGACACAACAAAAACGUUUACAGUAAUUUUGGAUCCAUCGUAUUUGAGACGACAGAUUUGGUGAGGAAAAUGAGGAGAGAAGUGAAAGCGGGAGUGAACUUUCUGAAGUGCUUGGCAGUGGAACGUGGAGGUGUAGACGAAAUCAAAGCCAAACAGUUUGCUGCUAAACUACAAGAGUUUCUACUUGAAAAGUUCACAGGCCACUGGUACCCAGACAAUCCUACCAAGGGACAGGCAUACAGAUGCAUCAGAAUAAAUGAAGGAGGUCCUUGCGAUGAAUCAGUGUUGCAAGCAUGCAAAGACUGCGACCUAAAGCCGUCCGAGUUGGGCUUUCCUCGUCAGAUUACAGUAUGGAUUGAUCCACUGGAGGUGUGUGUGCGCUCUGGGGAAAACUGUAGAUAUUUUACAGUGGCUCAGUUUAUUAAAGGGGAGGAGGAUGAUGAGCAAAAUGAGACUGAUUUGAAUCAGGAUAGCACCUUGAGCUCAGUGGAUGCUGUGAAUCUGGAUACCUCUGAUUACCACUCAGCGUCCUCCUCUGACUGCGGCUCGACCGUCUCAAGUGACACAGAAGAAGAAAUAAAGAUGGAAGAAACAAAGAAAGUAGUAGAGAAAAUAAUGAAGAACACACCUCAAAAAACAAGAUUCAAGACAAAGGAUGCAAAAGGUCCACAAAGGUUUCCUCAAGUUCAGAUCCCUGCCCCACAUUACUUCUAUCAGCCUGUGCCAAUGUGGCUUCAAAACAAGAAAAAGAGAGGCACGUUCUUCACGACCGUAUGUGCACCGGCACCUUCUCCUUUGUUUGCUUAUUAUGUCAUUCCCAAACCUGCUUCUCAGUUCAUCGUGCCUCAUGCUACCCUACAAACCUGGGGGACAGUAAAAGGAUAAAUCAAAUCAAAUCAAAGGCUAUUAACCCCUAUCAUGGAGCUAUUUCUAUUAUGCAGUCUGACGUGUGGCAACAUUUAUCGUUUUACAUGAAACCGUUAUCUAUACUCUUUUCACAAACACUCUCAUUAGGUUUUCUGUGGGUUGUUGGUUUACUAAGCAGAGUCAGUCACUAAACCAAACAAUUUUCUAAAACUGCUUUUGCACAGAUCAUUUACUUUGUUAUUAGGUUAUAAAAAACUUAACAGGGACAUUUCUCAACUACUACUGGACCAAAGUUGAAUUGCUGCAUACAAAAAUGAGAAGUACUGUAACAUCUUUUUUUCAUCAGUUAAUGUAGUGAAUAUUUUUAAAAAUAUAUAUAUUUUUGAGUGGUAUUUUAUGUAAAAUAAAUACUAUAAAAGUAAUCAUAAAUAUAGUCCUCUGUCAAAACACAUUCCCAAAUAUUACAUAACAUAUCCAGCAGGUCUCCUCGGGAGUCUUUAAAUAAAGCAAUAUCUGUGAAAAUACCAGGUAACAUUUACCUCUUUCUUACCUCUUAAAUUUCUACAGAAAGUAAUUUUUAUAUACUGAAGCCAUAAAGUGCUGUGGUGCAUAUUGAUGCUAUUAGAUAAUGUGAAUUUACCUAUUCACAGUGGUUUAAUAAUAUUUAUUUCCGCACAAUAUGUUUAAAAGAUUGCAUUAAUAUUAAACGUUUUUUAAUUAUACUUGAUUUAAAUGACAAUGAUGCCGUUAUGCUUGCAGCUUGGUAAUUUUAUUGUAAUUCAUUACAAAACCACUAGGUGGUAGUAUAUUGUCUUAAGGCUUAAGCCAUACUUUAUUUCAAUCAUGUUUUGUUUGUUCACAUCUUUUGGUCCUAAAGACUUGUCGGUGUUUGUUAUUAAUUCAAGAGCAUGUAAAAGUUUACAGUGUUCAUUCCCACAAAACGAUUUGUUGGAUAAAUACAAUGUUUAUUUAUAUAAAUAUUUUACAGAAUCAUAAUUGAAACCUUCUUUUGUUUUAAACUAUUUUCAGCACUGGAAUGUCACAUUGAUUUUCUCUUUUGUUGUAAUUGUUCAGAAAAAUUGGAUGAGAUUUUAUAUAUGCAAUGUUCAUUACCUUUUAAAACUUUUUCUUGCUUGAACCUCAAUUGUAUAUUUAUUUGUACCUACUGUGCUUUUUAUAUAUAAAAAAAAUAUAAUGUUUGUGGUUAUGCAUUUACUGCAUAUACUGUUUUUGCUUUGACCAAUUCAUAUUAAAUCUGUCAAUCCUUUAA